AUGUCCUCCAGGUCUGGGGAAAGCGAUUCGCGUCCUGGCAUGGGUGAGGUUUGCUGGGAUGAUGGGCUCAUCCUGACAGCCUGGGCCCCAGCAAUAGCAGAAGUCUACACGGCAUGGAUAUACAAAUUAGCCUACCAAAGAUACCAUAUUCACGACAUUCCUCCGUUGUCUGUCGAGCGAAAAGUCACCGGGCAAAAGUACAAUCUCGCCAAUCAGCUCCUGUAA